ACUUUGAUGGCACGCCAUUUUCAAAGCUAAGAAUCUCUCUCUACACAUUGCAAAUAAUUCUAAAGCAUUUCUUCGCAAAAGUUGAAACAGACGUAGGCCGGUGGAAGAAACAAACGUUUCCUCAUCACAUCACGAAAAGCAUUUCUCCGAAAAGUUUAAACGCCCCCAAAAUAAUUAUUCUCUUUUUUCGCGACCAUAUAAUCUUGGAUCAAAAGGAAUAAUUCCAUUGGUGCGCUAUGAUUCUCUUCAAAAAACUCCUCCUUUUUUGGUUAAUUUUGCCGCUCGCUUUCCCUCAAGAGAUCUCCGACGCUGAGACGCCUCUGAUCAUCGAAAUCAACCAAGCCGAGUUGGAUAAACGGUCUGCUGAGGAAGCAGAAGCACAUUGUACGAGCUGGAGGGUGGCUGUGGAAGCCAACAAUCUGAGCCCGUGGAAGACGGUUGCGGAGGAGUGCGGUGAUUAUGUGAAAGAGUAUAUGAGAGGGAGAGGGUAUCGCAUCGAUCUACAGAGAGUCGCCGAUGAGGCCGUGUUGUACGCGAGAAGUGUUAACUUGAGCGGAGAUGGGAAAUUGGCGUGGGUUUUUGAUGUGGAUGAGACUCUGCUUUCCAAUCUCCCCUAUUAUGCCCAACAUGGUUACGGGUCGGAGAUAUUUGAUAGUCGGAAAUUUGAUGAGUGGGUUGAGAUGGGAACGGCGCCGGCCAUAGAGUCUAGUUUGAAGGUGUACGAAGAAGUAUUGAAUUUGGGAUUCAAGAUAAUCUUGUUGACUGGUCGAAGCGAGAGACACCGGAGUAUUACGCUUCACAAUUUGUUCCAAUCUGGAUUCCGUGAUUGGAGCAUGCUCAUUCUCAGGUCGUCGGAGGAUCAUGGAAAGACGGCAACGAGUUACAAGUCGGAGAAGAGGAGGGAGGUGGAGCAGCAAGGUUACCAAAUAGUGGGUAACUCUGGAGACCAGUGGAGUGAUUUGUUGGGUUCUUCCAUGUCCAUACGUUCUUUCAAGCUUCCAAAUCCCAUGUAUUACAUUCCUUGAUCUAUUCUUUUACCAUUCAAUCACCUCUAUUUAUUCAACUUCAAUUCAUGUCCAGAAUCAAACAUAAACAUCUGGAAACGGUCAAAAAAUUCGUUAUGUUGGUUUAUUUAUCUAGCUACGACAGUCUACAUAUGCAUCCAUGUUUUAAUUGUAAGUACUGCUUGAGAAAAUAAAGAUCGAUUUUAGUCGGUAUAAA